UACACUGUCACUCAAAUAAAUUUCAAAUCAUUUUCAUCAUCCAAAUCUAAAUGUGAUUUGAGAUUUUUUUAGUUAACAAAGGAGAGCAGCAUACUGCAAAAUUAAAUAGCAACUCAUAAUUUAUGUGUUUGCAAAGGCUACUUACAUGUAACAAUAUAUUUUAAAUGUUAAUAAAAUUGCUUUUCAUUAGAAAAUAAUUUAGUCAAUACCAAUACCUAUCAACAGUAAAAUGACCUCAAUAAAUCGAAGAUUAAGGCUAUCGCAAAUUAAUAGUGCUCUAGUCCAAGAUCCAUCUGUAUCUUCUACAGUUCAUAAUUCUUCAAGACCAAGGAUAAGGGAAAUCAGACUUAAUUCUGUUGGCUUGUUUUAUCGUAUUUCAAACAUGGAAACAAAAAGUGAGAAAACAUCUAGUUCAAAUUUAUCAACUUCUACAGCUUUAGUAUUAGUUGUAUUUAUAUUUUUAUCUUCACUAUUAGCACUAGCACUUCUAUACAGGCAAUUCCCAGAGUUAGAAGAACAUGAGCGACAGCAUUUACAUUUACCAUGGGACUUAGAGGAUGCUAAACAGUUGGGUCUUGUACUGGAUAGAUACAAAGACAGAUAUUUUUAUGAAGUAUUAUUUGGAGUAUUUUUAGUUUAUAUAUUUUUGCAAACAUUUGCAAUACCUGGAUCUAUAUUUUUAAGUAUACUUUCAGGGUUUCUUUUUCCUUUUUAUUUCGCACUGGUAUUAGUUUGUUGCUGUUCGGCAAUUGGUGCAAGUCUAUGUUUCUUCUUGUCAAAUCUUCUUGGAAAGAAGCUUGUUAGAAAAUUCUUCCCAGAAAGAGCAGCAGAGUGGUCAAAGGCAGUGGCAAAACACAAGGACAAUUUGCUCAAUUAUAUUGUCUUUUUAAGAGUCACACCUUUUUUGCCUAACUGGUUUAUAAAUAUGUCUGCUCCAGUGAUUGGGGUGCCUUUGGUGCCGUUUGCAUUAGGAACAUUUAUUGGUGUGGCUCCACCAUCAUUUGUAGCAAUUCAAGCAGGACAAACCUUACAUACUCUGACAUCUACAAGUGAUGCUUGGUCAUGGACAUCUAUAACAGUACUCAGCGUUUUUGCACUAGUUUCCUUGAUUCCAGUAUUCUUAAAAGACAAACUUCGAGAAAAGUUUGACUAAGAUAUUUAUUUUAUUUAUGUAUUGCCAUGCUUUACAUUCCACAAAAUGUUGGUUUGGUUUAGUCAUUAAUGUUAUUAUUAGCAAUAUGAGCCUAUAUGGCCAAUGAAAGUAGUAUUGUCAACUGUAGGUUGUAUUUUUGGUCUCCAGUACCACCAAUUGUACCAUACUGAAAAGAAAAUACAUGGUAUUAAUAUCUGA